CCUCUUUCUCUUCUCUCCCGCUUUGUUUCCCUCUUGCUCGCUCCCACUCUCCCACCUUCCCCCCGUCGUCCUUUCACCUUGUCUACCCUCUUCUUCUGUCUCCCACUCAAUGCAUCGGCGUCUCCCUUGACAUCUGCCAUCCUCUCAGCCUCCUCAUUGGUCAGCUUGUCAUUGACCUCAUCGAUCAGUAAAGCGCCAGCUCUGUUCUCCCUCAGACUUGGCAGGUCAAUCUCGAGUCCCUUCCUCUCACCUCGGGCUUACCUGCACUCCCAUUCCUUGGUCCGUCGCGUCCCUAUUUACUACCGCCCUCAAACCAUGAGUUCUUCAGAAGACGAUACCCCGCUUGUGAAAGCGAAUGGUCGAUCUUCUGGUCCCUCGAACGACGUUACGAUGGGCGACGCGACGGAAACAAACGGUCAUGUCGAUCCCGGCGUGUCCAUCCGUUUUGGACCGGUGCAGAAUGAUGGCGACGCAGCCAUGAAGGAUGCAGAUCCCCAGGCCGACGCCGGCAAGCGCAAGUCACGAUCGAGUAUUGGCCAAAGGAAGUCCUAUGCGGAACCAGAAAGCAGCGAGGAGGAUCAACCCUUGAGCAAGCGACGUCGCACCUCCGUGAAACACGAAGAUCCCGAAUCGGACGAAGACGUUCCCCUGGCCCUGAACGGAAGAAAACUCCCCAAGGCCGCGGAGACCGCUAUUGGGGAAGAAUCCGAUUCCGACGUUCCCAUCGAGAGAAAGCUCGCGUCGGAGAAGAAACGAAUUCAGCAGAAGGGCGAGAAGGCUGCCCAAGCCAGUCGCAAGCCGGCUACCCCCAAGGCCACUCCAAAGACAGCGGCCGCCACCAAAAAGCAGGCAAACGGCGUCAAGCGGGAGCCUGCUAGUGAGGAAAAGAAACCCGCCGCGAAACGGGCAGCAGCAAAGCCAGUCAAAGCUGAGCCUAAGUCUGCGCAGUCCACUCCUGCGAAGAAAGGUGCCGCUGCUAAGCCGGCAACGCGCGUGAAAAAGGAGGAAAGCGAAGAAGCCGAGGAGGGUGAGGAAGAGGAAUACCGAUGGUGGGAAGAUCCCACCAAGGGUGACGGCACAACCAAAUGGACCACCCUUGAACACAACGGCGUUGUGUUCCCUCCUCCCUACGAGGUUCUUCCCAAGGACGUCAAGCUGAAAUACGAUGGGGUUCCAGUCACCCUCCAUCCUGAUGCGGAAGAGGUGGCCGGCUUCUUUGGUACUAUGUUGAACUCGACUCAGAACGUCGAAAACCCCACCUUCCAGAAGAACUUCUUCAUGGAUUUCAAGGACAUCCUCAAGAAAACCGGCGGCGCCAAGGAUCCCAAGGGCAACAAGGUUGAUAUCAAGGAAUUUGCCAAGUGUGAUUUCCAGCCAAUCUUUGCCUACUACGAUGCGAAGCGUGCCGAGAAGAAGGCUCUUCCUCCGGCGGAGAAGAAACAACUGAAGGCAGAGAAGGAUGCCGAAGAGGCACCCUAUAUGUACUGCAUGUGGGACGGUCGCAAGCAGAAAGUGGGUAACUUCCGCGUCGAGCCUCCUUCGCUUUUCCGUGGGCGUGGUGAGCAUCCCAAGACGGGUCGCGUAAAGUCUCGAGUUCAGCCCGAGCAGAUCACCAUCAACAUUGGAAAGAAUGCGCCGGUUCCUCCUCCACCUGAGGGUCACAACUGGAAAGAAAUCAAGCAUGACCAAGAAGGAACGUGGCUUGCCAUGUGGCAAGAGAACAUCAACGGCAAUUAUAAAUACGUCAUGCUUGCAGCCAAUUCCGAUGUGAAGGGUCAGAGUGAUUACAAGAAAUUCGAGAAGGCCCGCGAGUUGAAACAUCACAUUGACCGUAUCCGCAAGGAUUAUAAGAAGAACCUCAAGCACGAAUUGAUGGUGGAGCGACAGAAGGCGACUGCUGUCUACCUCAUCGAUCAAUUUGCCCUUCGAGCAGGUAAUGAAAAGGGCGAGGACGAGGCCGAAACUGUCGGUUGCUGCUCCUUGAAGUAUGAGAACGUUACCCUGAAGCCGCCAAACAAAGUCGUUUUCGAUUUCCUGGGUAAAGACAGCAUUCGAUUCUACGAUGAAGUCGAAGUCGAUGCGCAGGUGUUCAAAAACUUGAAGAUCUUCAAGAAGGCACCCAAGAAGGAGGGUGAUGAAAUUUUUGACCGAUUGACGACCUCCGCUUUAAACAAGCAUUUGUCAGUCUACAUGCAAGGAUUGACUGCGAAGGUCUUCCGUACCUAUAACGCUUCUCAUACCAUGUCUACCCUGCUCAAGGACAUGAAGGCAACGGGUAACAAUGCCGAGAAGGUCAAGGCGUAUAAUGAUGCAAACCGCAAGGUUGCCAUUCUUUGCAACCACAAGAGGACUGUGGCUGCAACGCACGCCGGGCAAAUGGAGAAAAUGAGUGAAAGGAUCAAAGGCCUUCGUUACCAAAGAUGGCGACUUAAGCAGCAGAUGCUCGAUUUGGAGCCCACCCUCAAGAAAAAGAAGGGUGCCAAGUUCUUCGAGAUCGACGAGGACAUCGAUAAAGAAUGGGUCAAAGAACACCAGGCCUUCUUGGUUGAAGAGCAACGACAGAAGAUCACCAAGAAGUUUGAAAAGGAUAACGAGAAACUUGCUGCCGAUGGCGAGAAGGAAAUGAAAGCAAGCGAGCUUGAGAAUCGUCUGGAUGUUGCGAAAGAGAUGGAGAAGAAAUUCAACAAGGAGAACAAGACAGGCAAGGUCGAAGCUGAGGGCAAGGGCCCCACCGUUGACAAACUCCAAGCCGCCAUCCAGAAACUGGAGCAGCGCAUUGAGAACAUGGAGCUUCAGGCUCAGGACAAGGAAGAUAACAAGGAAGUCGCCCUUGGAACGUCCAAGAUCAACUACAUUGACCCUCGUCUCACGGUCGUGUUCAGCAAGAAGUUCGACGUUCCCAUGGAGAAAUUCUUCUCCAAGGCCUUGCGAGAGAAGUUCGACUGGGCUAUCAAGUCCGUUGAUCAGGACUGGGAAUUCUAAGAGUCUUUGUCUAACGAUCACGGCCUGGACUUAGCCCGAAAUUGUACUAUUGCACGAUAUAUUUUUAUAUUUCCUUUUGAACUCCUUUGCCAUUUGCUUCUUAUGGGGGAAGGUAGACGGAUUGUGAUAUAUGUUUCUUUUUUCCUUUUUCCUUUCUAUAUUUGGAUUUUCCAUCUUUUCUACAAGCACUUUUUGCAUAAGCGCUUCCAGUGCUACCCUCACUUCUACUUUUUGGCUACAUGCAACACUGACAAGCUAAAUACGAAAGACGUUUAGAACAUACCUAUGCAGUAUGACUGGCGCACCCUUUGGUCUUCAAAAGAACCUUUUCUCUGUUUAUCUUGCUUCAUUUUGUUCCCACAUUUUGUUCAAGACCAUUUCAUUCUCUGGCUUUGCUUAUUCGAAUUUCAAUUCUAGAAAGACAAAAAAAAUAUUGAACAGAAAGAUUAAAA